AUGCAAAUCUUUAAGCAAUUCCCAAACAGAAAUACUUACCUAAAAACCAUUGCUACGGAAGAUAUGCGAGACAUGGAAAGCACAUCACAUUAUGGCCACGAUGAAAUGUCAGGCAUGUUCUCGCACUUGAGUUGCUUUUCGACAUCUACAAGAAGAAUUUUAAAAUGUUUAUUUUGGAAAGAAAUGUUCAAUAAACAAUUUUUAAAUCGCUCAGUCGGAGCUUCGUGGAUUGUUUGCGAGUACGAGGUCGGUAAGUUGUUGGUGAUGUUGAGGUUGUUAAGUCGAAGAGAAAAACGAAUUGAAGUAGCUAUGAUAACAUGGAUGUAA